GGGUGCAAUUUAAUAUUAAUAAAAGAUAUUACUUAUACACACAUAUAUAUUUAAUGUCAAUAUGAUAAUGAUGUAAAUCUACUAGUGCUGCCUCAAAUAGAGGAAUAUUUAACCUCACUUUCAAUCAAAUUUUUUAAUUCGAAGAUUUGGCCUUGCUGAAUUAUUUUUGACAUAAAAAUAAAAAUUUACGUUACACUUAUCAACAGUUUCUUUUUACAUUAAAGGCAUGGGAGAUAAUCUGCGAUUGAAGAUUAUUUGUCUCCUUUAGGUAUUACGCACAUUUAAAAAGCUUCAUCGCACGCGGAUGGCUACUUUUCAAGGUGAUGACCAUGCAUUACAAGUUACAAGGAAUAAGUUAAACGAAGAGUACAAAAAGUACAAAAAUGUCACAAACCCAGCUGCUAUUGAAGAGCUAAACAAAUUUGCGGAAGAAGUAGAACACGAACUACGAACAACAGUAAUUCAAGCAGUUGAAACAAAGCCUGGAACUUUCGAAUUACGCCUUACACCUGAUAAAUUGGUAGAUAGUGUACCUUACAAGGAUGAGGAAUGUCACAGUAGUAAUAAAAAUGCAGAUCUAAGUACAUCUACUUCAAAAGAUAAACCAAAAUAGUAAUUGCAAAUGUAAAAUAAAUUAUGAUUUUGUAAUAUGUUAGAUAAUUAAGUCUAGAAUAAAAAGAGAAUGUGUUGCUUUAUGAAAAA